CUCGCGCAUGCGCAGUCUGAGUACUUCCCUGCUGAUCUACUUUACUGGUGAUGUUUCAAAAUCUGAGCGGUGUUGUUAUACGAAAGCACUUCGGCACUCCGUCUUUGCAUACGCUAGGGAUAUUUACGCGUAACAUGGGCAGUUUAAAAAACGAAAAUCGCUCUAUCCACUCAGAUAACAUCCAGGAAGUGCAUAACAUCCCAAUGGACGUGAUCAUACGACCCAUUCCGCCUGUUUUAAACGAACAGAAGGUCCAAAGCCUCAUGAGCAGCAUCCAGGAGGGAUCAGAUAUCUCAGUUGUGCCUCCCAUAGACGUGCUUUGGAUCACUGGAGAAAAGGGGGGCAAUUAUUACUAUUCAUUUGGAGGCUGCCAUCGGUUUGCUGCCUAUGAGAGGUUAAAGAUAAAAGCCAUACCAGCCAAGAUAAUCAAAUCAAACAUCUCAGACCUGCGCACCUACCUGGGAGCAUCCACGCCAAAUCUACAGUAACUGUGAUUUCACACAGGCCUGCACAGCCAUUAGUGAAAACCUAACCCGACAAAGGCAUUUGGCCUGUACUGGUUGUACAAUGUCUUAUAUAACUGUUUUUACACAUGGUCCAAAAAAGGGUUUACUUGGAAAAUAAUUUCUGUAAAGAGGAAAUGCCAUGUUGAUGUUCCUGGAGAGCAAAAAUCACAGCUCUGACCAACUUCAAAAGACGAAACCCGACAUAUUUGGUCCUACUGUGCAAAAGUCAAGUUUACUAUAUAAUGCAAGUCACAAUGACUAAACAGAUCUGCCUGUAUCUGUCAGAUCUCAGUCUCGCCACGAGAUGGUACUGUUGUAACACUGAUUAUAUAGUGUCUCAUCUUUUGUCCAGUGGAUGGUCCUCUGUAAAUAUCCUUCAACUUUCAACAAUGUGCCCUUGAGCGAGGCACUUAACCCCAGGUGGUUUCAUGAGGACUGUCCCUGUAAUUUAAGAUGCUUCUAUUGUAUAGUGAUGUAUGGUGAAAAAUACAGAUUAUAUUAUAUA